AUGACCAAGACAGUAAUAUCUUCCAACGGGAGAAUCAACGGGAGCGCAGGACCAGGAGGACAAGCUCGUUUCGCGGGGCCCGUCAACUCGGGACGAGAGAGCAAGGAUUGGAUGAGCCACGAGCAAAAGGUGGAGCAGCAGGCGAACAGCGAGACCGCGCAAGUCACCGUGCCCGCAACAGAAAGUAAUCGGGAAUCCACCCAAGUCCGCUCGGGAACUCGAACUGGAGCUGGAACUGGAACCGCCUCACCCAAGUGGGAACACUAG